GCAUGCUGUUGGUAAGCCACGCGACGAGGCGCUGCGUCACUUCCUGUUAGGGGACGGUUAGAGAGUCGAGAGAGAGCAGCCAGUCUGCGCUUCUGUCGCUGUAGUAACGGAGAGACACCGAGCAGCAGCAGGUCACCUCAGCACCGCAGCAGGACGGACAAAACAAGACAGAAAUAACCAACAAACACUGCUGGGAAGGUAUUUUUUGUGAACUUGACGUCGUUUGGAACUAUUUCGGAGCAGGAGGACAAAAAGAACUUUUUAAUUUUCUUUUGUUUUCGUGGAGGAAAAUAGCUUUUCGUGUGCGCCAAGUCGUUUUUUAAGUUCUGGUGUAUUCCGCCUGUGCUCGCUUACUUGUGGAGCUGCUUGUUGGCUGUUUGGUGAGGCGGACACCAGAGAAGGAGCCACCUGACCUCGUGGAAAAAUAAGACCGCAGCUAAUGACACGCAGGACGCUGAAAGUCCUUAACGCGUCUCGUCGCUAAGCUCUCCAAAACGCAGCGGCACGAGUUCGCCGCGCGGCUUGUUUACGCGUCCGCGUCGUGAAGUGACGCACCGCUUCUGCAACGUGAAGUUUUUUUGCAGAAUCCAAUUACUGAUAUCUAAAUUAUGUGCGUAAUAAGCAGGUCAUCAUAACCAGACCAGCAUGGAUGUAACCGGAGUGCACGUCCUGAAGCGGUCGUGAUGCAAAGCGCCGGUCUAAUCCCGGGGCUCCAGCCCGCAAUGCCUGCUCUCCAGUGGCGGCUGGUGGAAAUCUUUCUUGGUGGGGCUGUGGUGCCACAUCCAAUCAAUUUCAGCAAACAUCCCGUAGUAAUGUUUUUUUGUGUGUGACUCAGGUAGGGCGGCGACCUAGAGCCCUCUAUUGGCCGGCCGCCACUGCUGCUCUCUAACCCGCGGUCCCGGUCAGUCCCACCGGCCCAGCAUGAGCAGCACCGACCUGGAGCGCAUGUCGCUCAGCUCCUCGGCCAACUCGGUGGCCUCCAGCGCUCGGACGUUGUCGGCCAACGUGAGGAAGCUGCACAACGCGCUCAACCUGCUGCUCAACGACUACGAGAGGGAGCAGUUCAUCCACUGCCUCAACGUGUACCACUCCAAACGCAACGUGUACGACCUGGUGCAGACACUCAACGUCAUCCUCAACGCGCCCAGCAAGAGGCAACUUCUGCCCAUGCUGCGGCUGGUGAUCCCCCGCUCUGAUCAGCUGCUUUUCGAGCAGUACACCUCGGAGGGCCUCUACUUAAAAUCGGAUUUAGUAGCAACAAGUAAUGGCAACGCAGAACCUCCAUCGGGUGACUUCCCAAGCGCCAGCCCGACUCCUCCGGGCCACUUCUCGCCACCCGAGUUCCAGGUGGCGCUGCGCGGCUCUCCGGACAGCUUCAGCACCAGCAGCGAUGGGACAGCUCCUCUGGUGCCGCUGCUCGGGAGGAACUUUGUCCACGAGCCGCCCGGUGAGGUCCGGCAGGUCACCAUGAAGAGACACAAGAGCAACGAGGGCCUGGGUUUCAGCAUCCGAGGCGGAUCGGAGCACGGGGUCGGCAUCUACGUGUCCCUGGUGGAGCCCGGGAGCCUGGCGGAGAAAGAGGGGCUCCGGAUCGGCGACCAGAUCAUGAAAGUCAACGACAAAGUCUUCGACAAAGUCACUCAUGCUGAAGCAGUGAAGGUGCUGAAGGGCAGUAAAAAGCUUUGCCUCUCUGUGCGUUCGGUCGGGCGGAUUCCAGGUGGCUAUGUGACCAACCAUGUUUAUACCUGGGUUGACCCUCAGGGUCGGAGUGUUUCCCCUCCUCCUGACCUGCCUGAGCAUCGGAGCGCCACCCUGCGGAGAACUGACAGCCAGCGACGCAGCAACAUGCAGCUACUGCAGGAGGGAGACGAGAAGAAGGUCAACUUGGUUCUGGAUGAUGGCCGGUCUCUGGGUCUGAUGAUCCGGGGGGGAGCAGAAUAUGCUCUGGGUAUCUACAUCACCGGAGUGGACCAGGGAUCAGCAGCAGAGUGUGGAGGACUCAAGGUCGGCGACCAGAUCUUGGAGGUGAACGGCCGCAGCUUCCUGGGCAUCCCGCACGACGAAGCCGUCAGGGUCCUGAAGUCGUCACGGCACCUGAUGAUGACGGUGAAAGACGUGGGCCGCCUGCCGCACGCCAGGACAGUGGUGGGGGAGACCAAGUGGAUCGCCAGCUCGCAGAUCGGAGAGAGCUCCGCCAACAGCAGCAUGGCAGGCUUCUCGGUGGACAAAGGAGCCUCUGCAGCAGGAAAGCCUGGGUUCUACAAAGGCGUGGCGGGCUCACAGGUGACCCUGUCCAGCCUGGUGAACCAGUCGCGGGCCAUGCUGGAGGAGCAGGCGCGCCACCUGCUGACGGAGGCCGAGCGGCAGACCAUGGGCUACUACGUGGAGGAGUACCGGGACGGACACAUCGGUGUGGAGCAGCUGGUCGUGGCGCUGUUCGAACUGCUCAACACGCACGCCAAGUUCUCUCUGCUGUCGGAGGUACGAGGCCUGGUUACCCCACAGGACCUGGAGCACUUUGACGGGCUGGUGCUGAGACGUGAAAUUCAGGCUCUAAAGGCGCGACAGGGGACAACUGGAGCCACGGCCCACCAACAAGACUCCCUGUCCAUGGUGUCGUACCCAGACACUCUGACCUCGUCUUCAGCCAGCUUCAUGACCAACACCACCCUCAGCUCUGCACGGGAACGGCUGCUCUGGCUGAUAGAUAUGAUGGAGAACGACAGCGUGGUGGAGAAUAAUGAGGCGGGUCCUCCGGAGAGUCUGAACACGCUGCUGACCGACAUCUCUCUGGACGACGUACAGUCCACCACAGCUGAAUCUCCCCCCUCCUUCAAGCCUCCGCCCCCACCAGGGGUGCAGAGGCGCCCAACUAGACGAGAUCAGCUCAACAAAUGCCCCUCGUCCGAAUCCUCCCACUCGGGCUUGUACUUCACAGCCCCGGCCUCUCACAACCACAGCAAAGAGCCAAGACACGCCCCCGCCUCGCAUCAACACCCCAGGGACCCGUCUCGGGACUACGCGGUCGUCAGAAAGAGAGAUCCCUCGGUACCUUCCAAGAAAGAGCAAAUAACAUCCGCUCAGUUGUCCAUGGUCUCACAGCACAACAUCGGCCCUUUCCCCAGGGUCCAGUCCCCCGGCAGGGUCGCCACACCUGCUGCUCCAUCCCCUUCACCUCCACCUCCACCUCCACUCCCUGCUCCUCCUCCGCCCCCUUCUCUUCCCUUUAAGCCAGUGUCCAUGUCCAAAGCCACCCAAUCCUCUCCCGGCUCUAAACAGCAGUUUGUUACAGUGGAGGUUCACAGGCCCAACGCAGAGCCCGACGUCAACGAGGUGCGCCCGCUGCCCCAAGCUCGAGGUGGCGCCCUGUCUCAGCUGUCAGACAGCGGCCAGACCCUCAGUGAGGACAGCGGAGUGGACAUAGCUGAGUCAGGACACAUCAGCAAAGACAGCAGCCCGCAUUUCUCACGCACACGCCACCCCCGAGACACCCAGGGGGGAGGGGGGGACAACCCCUCCAAACCGCCGGGGCUGUUGGAGCCCACCUCAGCAGUAGUGCGGGUGGCAAAGAGUGCCACCACUCUGGGUAUAGCCAUUGAAGGUGGAGCCAACACUCGACAACCGCUGCCACGAAUUGUCACAAUACAGAGGGGUGGUUCAGCUCAUAACUGCGGCCAGCUGAAGGUAGGUCAGGUGAUCCUGGAGGUAAACGGGGUUUCCAUGAGGGGCCGCGAGCACAGGGACGCCGCACGCCUCAUCGCCGAGGCCUUCAAGACCAAAGAGAGAGACCACGUUGACUUCCUGGUGACCGAGUUCAAUGUGGCACUAUAGCUGCGUGGAGGCGGUGAAAAGGACGAUGACGAGGGCAGCGCCAAGAGAAGAUGGGUUCCAGGACGACACGUGAGGAAGAAAUUCAAGCGUCUGUUGUUUUAAAUGGCACAACUCUUUUAGAUAGACACAAACGAACCACCAACUGAUCUCUGAGCCCUUCUAAAAACCCCACCCUUGAGUCUGGAUACACGAGACUCAAAUUUACAAGGUAUUACUUCCGCCGUGGACUUCGUUCAGGAUUCUCCUCAACGUGUUACCUCCCCACUGUGAGACCUUAUGCACUAAAAUGGAAAGUAGUGAAACGUAUACCUUUUUCUCUGUUCUCUCCGUGUUAAAACUUGUGGAUUUACAACCAUUUGAAACCAACUGGAACUUCUCGUAGCACUCCCACGUCCCGUGGUCGGUUAUUUUUUAUCUAUUUAUUGCUUCUACCUGAGAGACAACUGCACAUCUAAGACUGAUCCACGCUCGACUUUACAAGCUUGGAUUUGUAAAAUGUAAAAAUGAACAAAUGUAGAUACAGAUGCAUAUAUACUGUACACAUAAAGAUACUCCUAUAUGAAUUAUAAAACCCGUAACCUCCGUUGAAUCAUCGACAUAUAGUGAUAUAUUUCAAAGAUGAUGAAAAUUCAGGCCUUCCUGGUGAUAUGGGAUUCUACACAGGGCCUGUCUGCGUAUUACUUCCCUUUCACAAAGAGGAAAUGGAUAAAAUCAUGUCAGGCUACAAAAAUACACAUUCCAUGCUCAUAUUUGUUGAAUAAGACAUCAAAAAAAGACAUGUGUAUGAUGAAAAUCUUCAUAUGGGCACCACGCAAAUGCACAUCAUGUCCUGUUUGCUUUCCACUUCUCCAUCUGUAUUGUUUGAGACUAUGUCCACACUUAACCAGCUAAACUUUAAAAUGCUGUGAAAGCAAAAUGCGUCCACAAUACGAAUAAUAAGAAACAGCUAAAUACUGUUUUUAUUUCCAUCGGCAAAUGCUGCGCACCCAAUUUGACUGUUAUCAGCUCAUUAAAUGUGCGGUAGUAGUAGGGGCUUAUUACUUUGUAAAAGUGAAAGCGAAACUUUAAAGCAACAGCUUUGCGGUGCAAACUUUUUCAUGGUCUCUCACCCCAAACACAAGUGCACGCGCCUGCAAGACACAACCUCUCCAGACAAUUGCAAAGCAGACAAUUGCUGUGCCUCCAUUGAGAGGCUCACCAAGUAACUCCAAACCAGCCUGUGAUCAGCACCACAAACAGCAGCCGAAGAUGUGUGUGUGAGACGGUGAGACUAUAGUGUGAGACAACACAGAGAGGCGACUGUUCGUUCUUAACAACAAUGUUGGCACCUGAAGAGGUUAGCGUAGAAGCUGCAAUAGCAUCAGUUAUCAGAACGGGAGAGUAUUUCUUCAUUGGAAGAAGAGCAAAGAACGGCACUGAGAUUCCACUUUUCUAGAUGUAAAAGAUGUUUUCGCUCUUCGCUUCGGCAAGAGUUUGAUUGACAGAUGGUUCAUCCAAUCACCUGCCAAGUAGUUUUUGAAAGUGCCUGCCCUUUUCCAAACAGUUUCCAAUGACGGCUUCUCAGAUGUUCUGUGAAACAAGGUUGUCGUGUUCACAUUCAUCCACUCUACAGAGCAAUUUUGAAAAGCUCAGUUUUUGUGUGUUGAAAACGCUGGAUCAAAGAUACUGUACGUUUUCAGAUUUAGCCAGUUCAGUGUGGAGGUUCUCUCAGAGGGGAUCGCAUCCCUCCGUUAUUCCCUCAGACCGCUCAGCUUUUCUCCUGCUACUCUUUGAAUAACAAUUGACGAUUUUAUUUUGUAAUUUCAUAGUUUUAAUUAUAUUCACCCUGGGGGGCUUGCUGAAGCCAUGCUCAGUGCAGCAAUUACGCCCAAGAGGGGAGUAAUGAGACAUUUAGAGGACGACACUGCCACAGAUUUGAGGAACACUCCGCCGCACAUGUUCACACAUGGAACGUGUGCACGCACGCACACAUUUCAUCACUUAUGGAAAAGCAAUUAGGAGAUAAGCAAUCAGGUGGAGUGAGAGAUGGAGUGAGAGAGAGGAAAAAGAGAGAGAGCGGCAAAAGUAACAGAUGAGACGUGAUUGUUGUUGUGAUGAUUUGCUUCCGCUCAGGAAGAGUGCAAGCAUGGAGAGGAUGUACAGCAAACAUCCUCCGUGUGUCACUCCAGAGACUCGCAUUAGGCUACAGGUAGAAAUAUGAAGUAAUUGGACUAAUUAAUCUAAGUGUUCUGUACGUUGAUGUGCGUUGUGUAUGCGUUUAAUGCAAGUGGCGUGCGUCUGUCUGAAGUUAAUGGAUGAAACGAGAAAAUAUGCUCAAAACAAGGAGACGGCAAAUGUGAAUGUCAUCAAAGGAGCUGCUGUAUGAGACAGGUGUGAGGAAGUGACUCGGUAGUUAGGUAGUCUUUUUGAUGAAACUGCCAACAGAGCAGCUCUGUGAGAAACUGCUAUCAAACACUCCUAAAUCAUUCUGGUGACAACUAAGAGAACAGCACCAUACACCUGCUGUUUAUCUUCAAAAUGUCAGUCUCUAAUGAAUAAAAAAACAAAUGCCCACAUCCUGUACCCGUAAUGCCACAUUACGAUCCCAAGAUAUAUAGUUUUUGAAUAAAUCUAUAAUUUCUUACCAGGCGAAAACCUGUCGAAAGACCACGUUUUGUUCUAUUACUCAUUUUACAAGUGAGAAGUAAGAAAACCAAAAAACUAUCAACAUUUUUUUUAAGCUGCAUGAAUUGAUUUUGGCCACUAGAUGGAGGAGCUCCACCAGAUGCCGACAUAUACACACAGUUCUGAUAUGUUUUUGUCAGAUUACUUUAUUUAUUUAUUCUUUGAUUCAUUUUGAGUUAUGUUUUUUGUCAACCUGAUGAAUGUUCACUCUCCUUUUAGCUCUGGUUUGGUCUCCACCAGCUUUUUUUUUUACCAGCAAAUUUUGUCCAUAGCUUAUGGUGUUGAUGAGAGCACUGAGUGACUGUUAUUGUAAGUUACUCAUUAAAGUUGAUAUGGGCCUUCCAACAUACAGUUUCAAUGCAUCCCUAAUAAAUAUCCCAACUUUCAUAAAGCUUUUUUUUCCAACUACAGACACAGAAUUCCUCCAUUCACUUAAAAAUAUGUAAAAUUAGGCUAAUUUAAGUUUCUGGGUUAUGUCCAAUUCAAGAGAAAUUACACAUGUAGCAAAAUUUGAAUGUUGUAAGACAGAAAACUAAAAGUUAUAAAACCCUUUCAAUGUAAUUUUUCCAAACGACAUCCUCUCAUUUUCACGUACGGUUGAUCUCAAAUGUGUUUUGGGAACAGGAUCAGGAAACAUAUUCAAAACCAGACAGUUUCAUGAAUGUUUAAAUUUCCCUCUGCCUCACAGAACGAGGAGUUGAAAGACAUGAAAGUAGUGACAUGAUACAACUGAAGAUGUGAAUCAAGAUGAGAUGAAUCAGUAUGUGCGCGUCUGGAAAAGGACAACCUGGACCUGUAAAUCAUACUAACAUUUCACCAGCUAAGGCUUUAACAGAAACUCUGGUCCUGUUGCAGGAUUUAUAUAACAUUUUUGUAGGUUAUGUUGUCCAUUAAUAAGUCAACAGGCUUGAUGAAAAACUGCUUUACUCACUGCAAACACAUACAAAAUUUAAAAUUCAGGAUGCAUCAGUGUGUGUGUGUGUGUGUGUAUAUGUGUGUGUGUAUAUGUGUGAGAGACAUGCAGAAUGAGCUAGGUAAUAAGACAGACAGAUGAGAGCUGGAGUGUGUCCUCUCAGUGGAAUUACUCUCCGUUAAACAAUCUAAUCUGAAAGGAAUCGCAGCCACACAGAUGAAGGCUUUUGUUUUCAGAAUUGAGCAUUCAAACAUCACACGUGACACCUUCAGAGAGAGGAGAGGAGACAAGGAGAGACAUAAGAAGCCACACAAUGACUUUGUCUGAAUAAAGUCUAAAAUUGGGAGAAUUAUGAUUUGAUUAUGAGUUGCAUCAAAAAAGAACUGAGUACAUUUCGGACCACUUUUCUCCGUGCUAAGGACACAUUUUGGACAGUACUAUCAAAAAGUAUUAAGGUUUGACACAGAGUCCUUAUAAAUCUUCAAGCAAAGCCGAUAACCAGUAUAUGUAAAGUUGAAUAAUUACAUUUGCGAUCGUUUUAUUAAAUCACUUAAACCGAGGUAAAUAUUUUCACUGGUUCAACCUCUGCAACAGCUACAUGCGUCCAUUAAUGCCAAAGUUCCCUUGAGCAAGACACUGAACCCGUCCCUGCUGCUGGCUGCACCCUGCUCAGGUGAAAUGUGAUAAAUGCAAACACGUCUCAGAGAAAGUCAAACGUGAGAGUUGAUGAAUAAAGUUCUACAGGAAAAGAAACAGACGUUAUAGAAUUAACCUUAUUUAUUUAUUUAUUUAUGUAGGAGUUUCUAAAGCAUAUUUUAACUGCAGAAUCAUCCCUCCUCCACAAAAAAACUUGUCGUGAGUUAACUCCAUAAUGACCCCAUCUUGUAGACAUGCGUCGAUAGCGGCUCGGCCUUCUCUUUGACCUGAUAUUAUUGGGCCAUCCAGGAGGGAGGGAUGAUGGAGGGAAGCGAUAGAAGCCGCUGACAGUCUCAUUAAUCAGAAGCCAAGACGGAGAGGUGCUGGCCUUGGCUCCGACAUGAGACACGACAGCUCAGACAUUGUCUUGUUGCUCGUGUUGGAGCAAGGUUUGAUGGUUUGCCCCCACACUCUCCCCAGCCCUGAACCACUGCUUCCCCGCAAAGGUCAGACUCGUAAAGCAACCACCUGUUGAGUCUAUUGAUCAUGUUUAUUCGUUUCACUGAGUGUGCCUCCUGCUUUAUUAGCUGCACAAGUUGAUUUUGUUGGUGUUCAUUCGUCCGCCCUGCCUGCCAUGCUCUUCAGCUGUUGUCCCGUCACUCCAUCCUUCAAUCUUUUCGCCUGCUUCCUGCACAUUUUAACGAGGAGUGUUGUACAAUGACAUGCUAUUUAUACAGAAAGGGUGUUUAAUUUUUCAAUAAAGAAAACUGCACAAAAA